GGCGGCGUGUAAGAAGGCGGAAGUCCACUGUGGGUAGGUGAAUUGAUCCCCUCUCCACCAGAGAUGGGGGCUUCGGGCGGUGGGGCACAGCUCACGACAGGCGCCGGAUUGGGCCUGCGUGAACGACGAUGUCGGUGUGCGGGCCGCCCUGGAGUGUGUGAGCGCCCCCUGCUGCCUGGAGGAGCUGAGCGUCGUCGCUGCAGCUUCACCAUGAACAACAAGGAGAGCACAACCGAGUCCGAGAAUAACAGUCAGAUGAAGGUGUUCCUACCCAACAAGCUUCUGGAGUGCCUCCCCCGCACCUCCACCUUACCCAAGGAGAGACUGCGCUGGAACACCAAUGAGGAAAUCGCGUCGUACCUGAUCUCCUUCGAUAGACACGAGGAGUGGCUUUCCUGCACGCUGAAGACCAGGCCUCUGAAUGGCUCCAUCAUACUGUACAACAGAAAGAAGGUGAAGUAUCGGAAAGACGGGUACUGCUGGAAGAAGAGAAAAGAUGGAAAGACUACUAGAGAGGAUCACAUGAAGCUGAAGGUUCAGGGCAUGGAGUGUCUUUAUGGUUGCUAUGUUCAUUCCUCCAUCGUCCCAACAUUCCACAGGAGGUGCUACUGGCUGCUGCAGAAUCCCGACAUCGUGCUGGUGCACUACCUGAACGUGCCGUCCCUGGAGGAUUGUGGGAAGGCAUGCGGGCCACUGUUGUGUGCGGUGGCUGACCGGCGGGACAGUCUGCGCUGGACCCGAGAGGAGCUGCUGUCUCAGCUCAAACCCAUGUUUCACAGCAUUAAGUGGUCCUGCAGCAACAGCAACGGCACCUCUGAGUUCUCCAUCGAGCAGCUGGUGCAGCACAUCCUGGAUUCGCAGCAGACCAAACCCCAGCCGCGUACACACGCCUGCCUCUGCAGCAGCACCCUGGCUUCACCAGGAGCCAACAUUCCUCACCGCUGCAACAGCACCAAACACCGCAUCAUCUCCCCCAAAGUUCCCACGCGGCCCUCGCCCUACCCCGCCCUGACCGAGGUCCAGAACCUGGCCGCGGGCGAGGGGGGGGGCAGCGGGAGCGGGCAGGAGGGGGUCCGAGGGGAGACGCAUGGGGGAGGAGAGGGAGGAGGGGGAAACCUGGAGAUCCGGAGUCCGGCGGUUCCCCAGGACAGCGUGGGGAUGACUGGGGUCUCCUCCCCGUGCUCUGCCUCUUCCUCAUCCUCCUCCUGCAGCCCGCCCCAUCGCGCCACGCCCCUCACCCUCAGCAACGGGGGCGCCGCCUGCAACGGCUUCUACAGCGACCAGCGGGGCCUGGCUACCGUGGCGCUCCCUCAGAACGCCGUCAUCGUCAUGACGACCGCCAUCGGCCCGGGUGCCGAGGACUCCAAGAGCGAGCUGGGCUUCAGCGGCAGCGGCGCGGCCGCCUCCCACCUCUCGCUCACGCACUCGGGCCGCCUGGUGCUCUCCCCCAUUCCCCCUAAACCCGAGACCCCCUCCCCGCCCACGGCGGCGCCAGAGCCACCCUGGCCGCCUCCCACAGCCUCCUCUCACUCCAUCUCCCCCACCCCGGGCGUAGCCACCCUCAGCCUCACCCUCCUCUCCAGCCCCGUGAUCGGGGGCCUGCUGCUGACCGACCGGCUCAUCUCAGGGGCCGACCCCCCUGCAUCCCUCCUGCUCCCCCCUCGCUCCUCUACCCCGUCUACCUGCCCCUCCCCCUCUCUCCUGCCGGCCCCUCCACACUCGACCCCAAGCCCCUCCUGCGCCCCGCCCUCUCCCUCCGUCUCCCCGCCCUGCGCCCUGCCCACCUUCGACCCUGACUCCUUCCUCAACAGCCCCAAGCGGGGCCAAACGUACGGGGGGCCCUCGCAGCUGGACUCCCUCUCCCUGUCCCUCCCCCUCUCCACCUCCUGCUCUUCCCAUGGCCACUCGUCUCCCUCCCCACCCUCCUCCUCCUCCCCCCAGGCCCCCUCCCUUGCUCUGUCGCUUUCGCCCACCUCUCCUCCCUCCUCCUCCUCCCCUCCGUCUUCCCUCUCCUCUUUCUCUGCCGAGACGGAGCGAGGGAAGAACGGAGAGAGAGACGCGCACUCCCUGGCCGUCCCCUCCACCUCCACGCCCUCCUCUGCCCCUCUCUCCCCCUCGCUUUCCUUCUCCCCCUCCCACUCCACAACCCCCCUCUUGCCCCUGUGCUUGGAGUCCACCCUAGGGCUGGACAGUCUGGGUGUGCUUGGGGCUGAUGGCCCGGACCAGGGGCCUGAACGGCUUAUGGGCCGGUCGCUUUCCCCGAGCCCGGAGAAUGAGGCCCAGAGGCGCAGCCCCAGACCGCCGCACCACGAGCCCCAGCUGCUGCUGCUGGCCCCGCGGACACAACCGGCCUCUCCCCGCCCCGCCUCUGUGCUUACCAACGGACAGCUGCUGCUGGCGCCGCAGGAGCCUCAGGCCCGGCCGACUGCGCAGCCGGAGCAGCUCGUACAGCGGCAGGAGGCCGACAGCCUGCAGCAGCUGCUCAUGCUCCAGAAUAAGCUACAGCCUCGCCCCGAGACCAAGAGCCCCCGGCAGCAGCUGGUCCUGGUCCCGCCCCAGGGGGUGGAGCCGUCCCUGGAGACUGACAGCCGGCAGCAGCUGCUCCUCCACCACCACAGGCAGCUGCAGCAGCACGGGCAGCAGCUGGUCCUCCUGCAGCCCAAGCAGCCACAGCAGCUGGUGCAGCCCCAGGCCCUGCAGCUGAACGGCGGGCUCCUCUUCAUGGCGGGCGGGCAGGAGGGCGCAGCGGCACAGCCCGCGUCACCGGAGCCCCACGUGCGAGUGAAAGAGGAGCAGUCAUCCCCCUUCUCGCCGUCCUCUUCAUCCUCUUCCUCCUCCUCCUCCUCUUCGUCCUCCGGCCUGGGGUGCUACGAGGCGGAGGAGACGCCCAUGGACACCAACAGCGGCGGCGAGGGUGGCGAAAUGAGCAGGGAGGACCUGGACCUCUCCGUCAUGAUUCAGAAGAGCGUGGGUGGGGUCGAGGAGACGGGACCCGGGAGUACCCCCCUGGAGAUCUCCUUCGACAGCCAGUUCCCCGACCUGAUCUCGGAGUUCAUCGCCGAGGACGAGCGCCAGGGUGGGGCCACCUCCAUUCAAGCCCCGCCUCAACCCCUGUUCCCCACCGGGGUGCGCUAUGUGGUGCCUCCCCAGCCCUCCCCCGCCUCCUCCUUCCUGCCCUUCCCCACCUUCACCCCCGCCUGCCCUCCAGCUGGCCCAGGGCAAGAGGUGCGCCGCCUGGCCACCAUCACCGACUUCUCCCCCGAGUGGUCCUACCCAGAGGGUGGGGUGAAGGUGUUGAUCACGGGACCCUGGACAGAGGCGACGGGGCGGUACUCCUGUGUCUUUGACCAGAGCACUGUCCCGGCCUCGCUCAUCCAACCUGGAGUUCUGCGCUGCUACUGCCCUGCUCAUGAGGCCGGGCUGGUGGCCCUGCAGGUGCUGGAGGACACGGGCGGGGUGUCGUCCUCCGUGCUGUUUGAGUACCGCGCCCGUAAUGCCUCCUCUCUGCCAAGCUCCCAGCUAGACUGGCUCUCCCUGGACGAUAACCAGUUCCGCAUGUCCAUACUGGAGCGUCUGGAGCAGAUGGAGAAGAGGAUGGCGGAAAUGACCGCAGCCAACAUUCAGCAGCAACAGCAGCAACAGCAACAACAGCAGCAACAACACCAACAACAGCAGCACCAGCAACAGAGCUCUCAGAACACAGCCCUACAGCCAGCGGCUGGGAUAGAGGACCGGCCUCAGACACAGUCGGGGCCCUGGUUCGAGCGGCGCAUCGUGGGGCUGUGUGAGCGCAUGAUGGCGGGAGGCCGGUGGGGUGGAGGAGGGGAGAGACUGCUCCGCUCCGUCCGCCACAGAGGAAUGACCCUGUUACACCUGGCAGCUGCGCAGGGAUACACCCAGCUCAUACACACCCUCAUACACUGGAGGACCGUGAACUCGGACAGUUUGGAUCUUGAGCAAGAGGUGGACCCUCUCAACGUGGAUCACUUCUCCUGCACUCCUUUGAUGUGGGCAUGCGCUCUGGGCCACCAGGGGGCAGCGGUGCUCCUGUACCGGUGGAACAGCCUGGCACUGGGGAUCCCGGACUCUCUGGGGCGCCUCCCGUUAGCCGUGGCACGCUCGCGGGGCCACACCCGCCUGGCCCGCUGCCUGGAGGAGCUGCACACCCAGGGCGUGGCCCCUGAGGGCCGGGGCCGGUCGGGGGCCGAGGGGGCUGACUGGGGCCACACCAACACCCAGGAGCAGCCUCGUCCUACUCCACCGCCCCACCUCCCCCCCUCCCCUCUCUCCACCAGCCCCGACACUGGCCUGAGCUCCUCCAGCAGUAUCCCGUCCCCCAGCGACCCCCCCUCGCCCUCUCCCAGCUCGGCCUACUCCAGCGGCUCCGUGCCCCUGGGCUCGCCCCUGUACAGCCCCCCGGACCCCAUGGACACCUCGGACCCCUCCCUGUCGGCCUCCUCGUCCCCCUCCUCCCUCCCCCUCUCCUCUCCGUCCCCGUCUCUCCAGCUCCCCCUCUCCCUGCCCCCCUGGGGCGAUGCCUGUGAUGAGGGGGACCCCAGCCUGUCAGCCAGUCCCCACGAGCCGGCCUUCCUGAUGGAGUACGAGCCCGCCUGCUCUCCACCCCCGCCCGGGGCCCCCCUGUCCCGACACUCCACCUUCGAGGCCGAGCUCCUGAGCUACAGCGAGAACGCCGAGAACGAGGAUUACCUGCCCGCUGUGGAAGACCUGCAGGUUGACAUGGCAACCCUAGCUGAGCAGAUCAUCGAGGCCACGCCGGAACGGAUCAAGCAGGAGGAGUUCCCCAGAGGGCCGGAGUCUCCACUGAGGGAGAGGAGAGACAACACUGCCAUACACGACACCAUGCCCUGGCUGGCCACGUAUCUGGACACCGUGGACGCUUUGCCCGCCCUGUCUCCGCCCAGGUGUGUGUGCCCGACCCCGCCGCCGUCGUCGCGCUCCCCCCAGCCCCCCUCGCCCCUCAGCGCCCUGGCCCUGCAGCGGCUCCGCCCCCCCAGCAGCGCGGCCUGGGCCGAGUUCCUCAACGCCUCGGCCAACGGCCGCAUGGAGCGCGACUUCGCCCUGCUCACCCUGACUGACAGCGAGCAGAGGGAGCUGUACGAGGCCGCCCGCAUCAUCCAGAACGCCUUCCGCAGAUACAAGGGCCGGAGGUUGAAGGAACAGCAGGACAUGGCCGCGGCGGUCAUUCAGAGGUGCUACAGGAAGUACAAACAGCUAACAUGGAUAGCACUGAAGUAUGCCCUGUAUAAGAAGAUGACUCAGGCGGCCAUCUUGAUCCAGAGCAAGUUCCGCAGCUACUACGAGCAGAAGAAGUUCCAGCAGUCCCGGCGGGCAGCGGUGCUGAUCCAGCAGUACUACCGCAGCUACAAGGAGUACGAGCGUCUGAAGCAGGGCCACCGCGGGCCCAGCGCCCUCAACACCAAGAUCAAGGGAUCGUUUCUGACGAAGAAGCAGGACCAGGCGGCACGCAAGAUUAUGAGGUUCCUCCGCCGCUGUCGACACAGGAUCAAGGAGCUCAAGCAGAGCAAAGAGCUGGAGAGAAUGCAGAAGAGAGGCCUCACCACCUAGAGCCCCCCUCCUCCUCCUCCUCCUCCUCCUUCUCCUCCUGCAUCCCUCCAUCCUCAGCCAGGGACCGCAGAGCAGAGGAUGGUGAAGGCUGAGGCCACGCACAUACACACACACAUGCACACUGACAUGUAUAUUUACACACACACACACAGAAAUAGCUGGCCCGCUGCCUCCAUGCGACUGCACUGAAAACCACACAGCCCCCUCUCUGCCCCCGUCCUUCUGCCUCUGCUCCCCAUGAAACCACGAAACCACAAGGCCCCCAGCGCCUCUCCUCCUUCCAGCGUACACUCCUUCACCCGCCCACGCGGCCCACUUCCACUCCUGCAUGCCUGGAGAGGGGACCCCUCACACCUGCACGUGCCCUCACGCUCUCCUCCACCUCCACCUCCAUCACCGCUGCCUUCAUACCAGUGUCCUGUCCCAGGGAGGGAGAGAACAGUACAGAGGGAAUAGACUCGCAGCCUUGUUUUCCCUCUUCAUCCAGAGCAGAGCGCAAAAGCAGGGAAAAAAAGACUGACCUCCUUACACCUUGCAUUACAUUUGUUAAUUUCUGGGAUUUUCAACAAUCUUUUUUUUUUUUGUUUUGUUUUUUUGCUUCGCAAAACAAGACCAGACCGCAGCUUUUUCAGAAUGUAUUGUACUUUUGAGGUAUGCAUAUACAAACCUAUAUAUCCAUAUAUUCUAUAAAUAUGAAUUAUUGAUGUCAUUAACAUUAUAUAUUUAUUGAAUUGACUUUUUGAGGCAUGUUUUCUAAUACUCUACGUUUACCCUGAAAAAUACAUCAAUUCACUUUGAUGAAUGACUGACACUAAUUGAACGUUUGACACAUUGAGUAAAAUGACUGAAGAACACAAUUAGUCUUAAUUCCCACAACAGAAGAAAAGAAAAGAUUUAAUGCUUCUCAAUCAGACUGUUUCUAUGGGCAUUUUAUUACAUGACUGCAAGUAAAAGUUCAGAAAUCUUUAAAAACGACCGUGAAUCUCGGUCUUGGUGUGGAGGGACACAUUUCCUGGUCAUUUAAACAGACUUUCAGUGGAAACCGACGCCAGUAGUUAGCAAGCACUCUGUUGUUACUGUUUGGGGGAUUUCUGUGUAAUCAUGAAACAUGACAGCGAUAGUUCACCACUCAAAUACCACACAGCACUUCAAGAUGAAUGGGCUUUCUGUUUGGAAGCAUCGGUGGAAUAACUGUGUCAGUCCUCUUGGUUGCAGUAUGCAUUUGAUAAUAUAUCAAUGUAUUAAUUAUGAGGAACAUCUCAGAACAUCUCAGACGCAGGGCAUUUUGACGGUGGUCAGGAAGUUCCUUGCGGUUUCUUCAUGUCUGCCUCUGUUAGCUGGUCCUGUGUAGCUCCCACUUGAAUUGCAUGCUGGGCGAUGGUGUCCAGUGAUGGCUGCCGCCUUGGCCUUGGUGAGAGCCCGCCGCUGACAGCCCGGGGAUGGCCUGACGGCCAGCAAACUGCCCCGCCCUGGAGAGGACUCUGGGGCUCACGGAGGCUUGGCAUUCGCAGACAGCUGAGAAUUCAGCUGUAGGUCAGGGGUCAGGUCUACCAGCAAUGCCUUUUUGUUUGGUUUUUAUUUUUGAAUCUUCCAUCGACACCCCGAAUUACGAUGCUGGGUCAGUGUAGCCUCGUGCUGCGGCACUGGAGACCAGUACUCCCAGAGCAGGGUCAGCUACCCUUGGUUCAGAGUCUGAUGAACAGGGUUUAGGGCUCCUGCCUGUACUUCACAGUUUUGACUUUCAGCUUCGCUCUUUGCCUCCUCUGGGUUAAUUGGGUGAUUGGCCGACGCUCUGGGGUUGGACUUGGAACAAGACGUCUGAGUAGCGUGUCACAGAGAGAUCCAAUGUUCCUUCCCCUGAAUUCUUAAAGGGACAGUGAACUUUGAAGGGACAAAUGAAAUGUUUUCAUGCAGAGUACUAUUUAUCCAUCCAGAUAGUUUCAGUAAGAUUUGAUUACUUUUCUAGGUAUUGGCUUGAGUUCACCCUCAUACAAUGGACUUCAAAGGGUCCAUAGCAUUUGUGGCCUCAACGCAGCAAAAAAUUACACUCUGUCAAUAUUAUUUCAAAACAUUGUUCAAAAUUGUUCACUGUUUUAAAAAUGUUGACACACUGCCCCAGAAUGCUGGUUUGAGACUGCGUGGAUAUACACACAGGUGCAGUACUUUGUAGAAAGUAGUUUUCAGUGAUAACGUGCACAAAUUAAGCUCUGUAGAUGUUUGUUAGUAACCGUGGCAUUAUAUUUUGAAAGAGACCUUAAAUUGAAUGAAUUUUGGCACUUUGAGGCCAAAAAAGCUAUGGACCCUUUGAGGUUUGUUGUAUCCGGGCAAGCUGCUACGAAUAUCUAGAAAACUGGUCAAAUCUCUAUGAAACUUCAUUCAGUCUAAUUACAUUUUUAGGUGAACUUUAAAGGUCUUUGUGUCUUAAUCUCCUUCUGAAGACCGAUGGAACUCAAAUUCACAAGCCCAGAUUAUCCUCUAUUUGAAGCUAAACCACGUUUUUGGGCGUGGUAGUGGAGUUGGUCAGAUCCCUUCUAAGAAUUGGAGAGGAAGACUUUGACCACUCAGAACAGAAGUGAGAGCUGAUGCAGUAUAGUUACUCUGCACUGAGGGCACGUUGGUGAUAAUCAUGACAACUGCCCAAGGCUACAAGUCUUUCAAAGUGUGGUCAUAUGUUAUUUUGGGGGGUGGGGGGGAGGUUGUGGUUUGAAUACGGGGCUGUUCAGAGGAAUUGCCCAAAUCAGGCAUUUUACCAUUCCUCCUUGCAUGAGGACGUGUUGGCUGCAUGUAAGUGUAACAGCUUUCCCUUUGUAGCCCAGUAAUACUGUGUAAAUGCCUGUGCAACCUUGUUUUUAUGGAAAAAAAAAAGGAAUUGAAAUGUGUGAUUUGGAUCCGGUAGGGUUGUAGGGUCGGAUUAGAAAGACGCAAAGGCCCUGAGUUCGGGGGCAUAUUGGACAAUGGUAGAGAUCAUCCAAUCAGAAUGCUAAAUUUGUGCCAUUGCGUAAUUAGACGCACCAAUGUGAAAUCAAGGCCUCUUUAUGCCAGGCCUGGAGCAGAACACCCCUACAACUGUCCAGCCUGACUUCUCGGAAAAAUGUUUAUUUUCAGUAUAGCGACGAUAGGUUAUAGCAGCAAAUUUGCGGGGAUAGCGAAUAUGCUAGCUAGUCGUGCACUGUCAAAUGGGCCCUAGAAUUCUCUUAACUAUUGUAACUGUAGCCUGGUGCCCAGUUGUUUUAGGAGUAACGGCCCUUAUAGCAAAUGAGUAAAUGUUUUAAUUUGCCACUAACACGAGGUCCUUAAUGUUCAGCACUUUUACAAGCCCACAUUUCAUAGCUGGAGCUUCGAAAGAGGGACGUAACGCUCUGUUCCUCUGGAAUCAUUAGGUUCUUAUGUGCGAUGCACAGAUGAGGAUAAAAAAAGGGAGCGGUUUUUACUAAGAAAUCAUUUUAGUUGUUUUUAAAUGUGCAGUGCCUUGCGAAACUCUUGCUUAUAGCCGGCAAGCCGAUGCCCUUAACAGUGAGAGCAGAGGUCUGUCGGACAUGUCAGAGUCAGUACAUAAAACAUCUAAGACUCUUUUUAAAUGUGUUUUUCUUUUCUUAAAAAAAAAAAGUCAUACCAGAUUCUGUUUUAGAUUUAGUACUGUUUACACUAAUAGGCAUAGUGUGGAGUCACAUUGCUUUCCUACCCCAGGAAUUUCCAAACCCAGGUGGGAAAAAUAACUUCACAGCAAAAAAAAGAAGAAAAAAAUGGAUGUUAAAAGGCAUCCUUUGUUUACACACCAUCUAGUCCACAGUAAGAUACUGUAAAUAUAAAAUUGUGUUUUUUUUUGGGGGGGGGUUAAUGGUGUUGACAUGUCCCGUUUACAGUCUGGCAAUGCAGGGAAGAGGCACUGCACCUUUAAAGAAGCCAAAUAUAUGAAACUAAAUUAUACUGUAAAAAAUAUUGAACGUAGGACUAGAAGAUUGUAUGAUGACUGAAUUUUAACUGAUAUGCAUUAACCUGUACAUAAUGUAAAAUACGAAGACAGUUGAGGAUAUAUUUAAGAUAAAAUAAAUGAUGUGCUUGCUUUAUUGAAAGAAUAUACUGUUCCUUGUUUUACCAGUUAUAUACUAGUGAUGAUGAAAACGCAUGUUCUUAUUCUUGGUUUGUUUGAACUUUGCUUUUCUGAGAAUGACGAUGAGUUUAUAAAUACAGUUUCAUAUUUAAAAUGCUUUGCAUGAGUUUGUAUCAGUUUGCAUUGGCUACACAAUAUCAGUAAUCACAAGUCUAUCUUUUACUGCUGGUGUUUGAAAACAUCUAUUUAUAUAAUUUAAAAAAUAUUUGGUUGUUUGUUUCUAUAAAUUGAUUUAAGAUUUUUUGCAGAUGAUUGUUCAAACUGUUUUAAUAUUUCAUAAUGAUGAUAAUCAUAAAUAAAAAAAUACAUAAAAUUAA